GGUAACAAGUAAGAAUGUGUGACCUUUUAGACAGUAUAGGGGAAAAGUAAGAGAAAAUCAUAGACGUAGUAGACAUUAGAGUAGCAUGAUGACUAUGGAGAUGAAGGAGAUAAUUAGUGAUGUGUUAUGUCACCAGCAGCAGGAAGUUGGCCACUGUCCUCGGGUGCUUCGGUGGGAGUAUCUAGAGCACCUUCAGCUUCAACAGAGUCCUCUAUUAAAGCUUUACUGUUACGUAGAGGAUUAAACAGAAAAGUGUGGUGGUGGUUUGGGACUUGGAUUUCUCAUUUGUUCAAAUGAUUCUCAGGGAGAAACUGAAAUAAGUCUGACGGGUGGUCUUGUUUUUUUUUCAUUCUGUUCUCUCUUUUUUCUAUGCUUUUAAAUUGCUACUUUUCUUUUGCCUUUUUGCAGAAGCCUGGAUUGAUGCGAGAGGAUGCAGCACGAGAUCGCAUGAGAGUUUUUGGGUUUCAUGAGCGUGUUAUCAGUGAGAGUAUUAAGGAACUGUUAGAGGUCUAUGGUGAAGACCAAUGGUUUUUGAUUGAAGAUGAUAGCUAUGGUCCCCUCCUUGCUAUCUGCCUUGAAAAGCAAGCGGAAAAAGACAAACAAUUGGCUGAAGUACAAGCCUACCAAUUGCCUGAGAAUCAAGAUGAAGAGAUGGCUGAGGACCAAAACCAAGAAAUAGCUGAGGAAGAACAACCCAACCAAUUGGCUGAGGAAGAACAAGAAGAAGAGAAGGAGCAGGAGCAGGACAUGCAAAUUGAGUAUGGAAGAGACCAAGCUGAUAAGUUAUCAAUCAAUAGCGAUGCAGUCAUGGACCCAUCACCAGCAGCUUUACAUUUGGGAGAAGCAUUAGCAGAUUAUGCACAAGGUUCUGUUGGAGGUGUCGAAAAUCUUCACUGUGGAUGGCUAAGUUCGGAGGAGGAGACGGAUCCUGAGGAGGAGACGGAUCCAAAGGAGAAGGAGACGGAGCCAGAGGAGGAGGAGACGAAUCCAAAGGAGAAGGAGACGGAGCCAGAGGAGGAUAGUGACGGUGAUGAUGAUGAGAUCAUUCAGCUAACUCCAGAACCUCUUUGUGAAGAACUUCAAGAGCUUCUCAGGGAAGUACGUGGACAGAAGAGGAGGAAGAAAGAGACGAGGUGGGACAAGUAAAGGAGUCAUGAGCUCCUGUAAGUAACAAAUUGAUAUAUAUGUUAGGAAGCCAAAUAGUAGUAAGCUAUAGUAUUGUGGUGAAAAAAGGUAAAACGACCCAUCUUGACAUCUCUGUGUGGGUUUUCUUGAGAUAUUGGUUUUUGCUCAAAAAAUAUAAUUUGGGUUUAAGUAGAGAAAGCAAAUAUUCUUUAUCA